UAAACCGGUUCAUAUCAAAAACCGGUGUAUAUUUUCGUUACGAUGUUAACUUUGAAUAUACCGCCAUACCGGUGUAUUUAAUUACUCAGCGUUCGGAACGAACGUUAUGCUUCGCCGUGGCCGCGAGACACGGUUUCAGACGGACCCUUUACAAUGUUGCACUUCUAAGCAGCGACUGCGAGGCGUGGUGCUAUGGUGUUAUGUUACAACGCCUGUUUCACACAGUCCAGUCGUAUUAACGAAUUUCAGCUGCACGAGGUUGAGGUCCGUCAGUGCGUUAAAGGAGCGGUGCAGCGAUUGUUAACGUACUGAGUCUAUUUUUGCUGUGCUGCAGGCACUGAAUUAUACAUUUCGAAAUGAGAAUCGGUAAGUACUUUGUAGCACUGCCAUACUCUGAGAAACACAACAGUACCAUACAUGCCAAAAUACUGAAAUUGUUACUUUACAGAAUUGCUAGACGUCCAGAUGUUGGGGGCAGAGGAAGAAUGUUCACUCCAGAGCAAGAGACCCAUAUAGUGAACAUGGUGAUUUCCAAUAAUGCGAUAAGACUGCGCGAAAUACAGCAGCGCAUAAUUGAUAAUGACACCAUCUUUCAAAAUAUACACAGUGUAAGCAUUUCUGCACUAAGUUGUGUACUUGCGCGCCACAGAAUAAGAAUGAAGCAAAUUUACAGAGUUCCUUUCAAGAGAAACACAGAACGUGAAAAACAACUGCGAUAUGACUAUGUGCAGAGAGUGAUGGAACUAGAAGCAGAUGCCAUGGGACAUGAGCUACUUUUUGUAGAUGAGGCCGGUUUUAACCUCAGUAAAACCAGGAGACGUGACAGGAACAUUACUGGACACCGUGCCAUCAUCAAUGUCCCAGGACAACGUGGUGGUAACAUAACCAUGUGUGCAGCUAUAAGCCAAAAUGGUGUUGUUCACCAUCAUGCAACCAUAGGCCCAUACAACACUGAACACAUUAUUGCAUUCCUGGACACCUUACAUGACAUGCUCACUGUUCAGAGACCAGAGCAUACCCGAUAUGUCAUCAUAUGGGACAAUGUUAGUUUCCAUAGGGCUGCUUUGGUCCGCAACUGGUUAACAGACCACCCAUCCUUCAUGGCACUCAACCUCCCUCCAUACUCUCCAUUCUUAAAUCCCAUCGAGGAGUUCUUCUCUGCCUGGCGCUGGAAAGUGUACGACCGUCAUCCUCAUCAACAGGUAGCCCUUUUACAGGCAAUGCAGAAGGCAUGUGGAGAUAUUGACCAGGCAUCAUGUCAGGCCUGGAUACGGCAUUCAAGGAGAUAUUUUCCCCUGUGCCUUGGACUGGAGGAUACGAAAUUUUGUGGCCGGACCCAGAAAGACGACAUGAUGUAGGCUGAUCGUCUUUUUUUUUUUCCUUUUCUGAAAUUACUAUUUUGUGUUCUGACUUUGUCUUGGUUUUGAUGAGUGUGAAUAAACACCAAUACUUGAAGUUUGGAUCCUUUUCACUCACUUCACUUCACUUGUAUGUUUACAUGACACUAUGACAAAAGUAUGACCUCAAACUGAUAUCUGUACAUAGAGAAAGCAAAGGCCAGAUGUGUUUUGUAUUCAUACCAUAAGUGUGUAGUUGGCACAUUGUGUGCUUAGUAGAUGAUGGCUUGUAUUUACUGUUUGAUAUGAAAACACCAUUUUUACAAAGGUGUGAAGAGUUAAUCUAGCUGUGUUCGCUUUUACAAGAGAACUGCAAUGUUUUGAUAAUUGGGUGAAAGGUUUUCUUAUUUGUGUGUAGAGUUUUGCAAAAUAGUUACUUAAAAAUGUGCUUAAGCAAUCAGAAAAAAACUGUAAGACCCAUGGGAUUGCUUGUGAUAAAGAAUUAAAUGCAAAA